CGAGACUCGAGCAGCACUCGCACAGCAUCCCGCGCCACUGUCCCUAGUGAGUGUCACUCCGACUCGAUUUUUAAACUCGAAUUUCGCCGAAUUUGUGGUUGGAAACGAUGGCCGACGGCAACAAGAGGAACAUCCCCAUCAAGCUGGGCGACUUCAGUGUGAUCGACUCGGAAUUCAGCAACAUCCGAGAGCGGUUCGACGCCGAAAUGCGGAAGAUGGAAGACGAGAUGACCAAAUUCCGAUCUGAAUUGAUGAACCGCGAAUCGAAUUUCUUCAAAUCCACCACUAGUCACCAAAGCCACAGCAGCGAGAGCACCAAGAGCUGGGUCGGCCCCGGGAGCGCCGCCGGCGCGGCCAAGGCGGCGCCGCAGCCGCCGCCGCCGACACAGCCGCAAAAGGAGCAGAAGGAGGAGCGCACCACCACCUCGUCAACCUUCCACAGCUCGUCGUCGAGCACCACGACCAGCAGCGAUGGCCGCACGGGCGGCGGCGAGGUCAGGACCUGGCUCGACGGACUUGACUCUCCGCUCAUCCAGCCCGACGGUGACGACAACAAAAUGCUGAAGCUCCGCUUUGAUGUCAGCCAGUACGCCCCUGAGGAAAUCAUAGUCAAGACGGUCGACAACAAACUUAUGGUGCACGCGAAGCACGAGGAGAAGUCGGACAGCAAGAGCGUGUACCGCGAGUACAACCGAGAGUUCCUCCUGCCCAAGGGCACCAACCCUGAAGACAUCAAGAGUUCCCUCAGCAAGGACGGCGUUCUGACCGUGGAGGCGCCGCUGCCGGCCCUCGGCCCCGGCGAGACCCGGAUUCCCAUCGCGCAGAACUAAAUUUUAAAAAUGGCCCGGGGAAUUUA